AUGGCCGCAGAAAACUCUCAGAACUCCAAUGUUCCCAAGUAUCUCCGGAAAGUCGAAUUAACCCAAGAAAACAGCAACUCAUUGCCACCUUACCUUGCGAUACAUUUUGGCAACCACUUACCAUCCAUCAAUAUAAUGGUUUGGCACACCACCAAACAAUUGCAAGGUAUCCUUAAUAGCCAGAAACACUUCAUAGCUCGUGACUCUGACAUAAUUAUUGUUACCCUUCCAAAAUCUGGCACCACUUGGCUCAAAGCCUUAGCCUAUGCGAUUCUGAAUCGCAAGAUCCAUUACCCAAAUCCAAAUCUUCAUAAGAACCAAUGUCACCCUCACCCUCUCGUCACUGCAAACCCUCAUGAUAAAUCCAAAGGAUAUGUUCACAUCACUGUGGCACUUCAUCAGAAAGUUACUACCACAAGCCCAAGAGCCCAG